AUGCACAAUGUUGUUGAUUUGUUGAAUGAUUCUAAAGUAAAUGAGAGAAAAAAAUCUAUUGAGUUAGAUAUUGAAGGGUUCAAGUCAGCUCUGUCUCUUGUGGAUUUACAGAUGAAGAAUCUUCCUGCAACUGCUCAGGUUGCUGCUCAACAAGGUGCAUACCUUGCAAGGUGCUUUAACCACGUGAAGGACUCUGAAGAUAAUCCUGAAGGUCCUCUCAGGUUCAGAGAAUCAGGUCGCCAUCAAUUUCAGCCAUUUCGGUACAAGCAUUUUGGGCAGUUUGCUCCAUUAGGAGGAGAGCAAACAGCUGCAAAACUCGCACUCCCUGGAGACUGGAUUUCUAUUGGUCGCAGCACCCAAUGGCUUUGGUAUUCCGUUUAUACAAGGACUGCUCUGCAUUUCAAGGAGGGUUCAAGGAAGAAUGACUGGAAGGAUGCUUAA